GAUUGUGGGACAGCCAAUGGCCAAUUAAGUGUCCAUAGCAUCACAACUACUUAGAACUUUAUGCACGUUAUAGAUAAGGGCCUUUCGUUCUUCCAACGCUCUCCUCCGCGUCUCCCCCUUUCCUCAAGCCAUGGUGUCUCCAGCGACUCUUGCCCUCGGACCGUGCGCCGGCUUGGCGCCGAGCCAACCGGACCGAGCCGUACUCCCGAUGAGACCCUCUCGUCUCCUCCCUCCGACCUCCGUCCACCUUCAGGCUACCGGCAGAGGACCCAAGCUCCACCUCCUGCGCAACUCCCUCCUCCUCGUCAGAGCCGUCGCCGUCGACUCCGAUCACCUUGGCUCGUCCCAGCCGGCCGAACAGGAGAAGCCGAGGAAGUAUUACUUUGUGGUGGCGAAUGCCAAGUUCAUGCUGGACGAGGAGGAGCACUUCAAGGAGCUCCUGUUCGAGAGGCAGCGCAACUAUGGGGAGCGCAACAAGGAGCAGGACUUCUGGCUGGUGGUGGAGCCCAAGUUCUUGGACAACUUCCCCAACAUCACCAAGCGGCUUAAGAGGCCUGCUGUCGCCCUUGUCUCCACUAAUGGCACUUGGAUCACGUUCAUGAAGCUUAGAUUGGAUAGAGUUCUAGCAGAUAACUUUGAAGCAGACAGUCUUGAAGAAGCUUUAGCAUAUAAUCCAGUCGACUUACAGUUUGACAAACCAGAAAAAUGGGUAGCACCUUACCCAAAAUAUGAAUUUGGAUGGUGGGAACCCUUCUUGCCUCCAGGAUCCAACAAAGUUAAAGCAUAGAUUCAAAGCGUUUAUCUUGUCUAGUUCCAUAUUUCCUUCAUGCAGCAUUGAGUGUAAUCUAAUUUCUGUGAGAUUGUGUGUAGUUUUUGCAGUUAGCGAGUUAUCUAUUUUAGAUGCCAAUAUCAUUCUAUGUAUGAAUAACAAUUCAGUAUACUCUUCUCCAUCCCAGGGCCACCAGAAAUGGCUUGUCUGGCUUAGGCUUCAAACUACUUCACUGAGGAAAACCUCGGCCAAGUAAAUGAACAUAUGACAAUCUUCAAA